UCUCAUACACCACUUCCUCUAGAAUCUUUUAUUUAUGACUGGUCCCUUAACAUCCGUAAUUCGGAAUGUUUAUCCCUCAUCAGCGAAGCACAGCGUGGCAAUCGCACUAGGCUCGAAUCUUGGCGAUCGAUUCGCCAACAUUGAAACUGCUUUGCGCUUGAUUGAGCAACCUGAUCAGCUGUUGACCGAUGUGGCUGCUAACACCGUAUCGGUCGUUGACACGAGCUUCAUGUAUGAAACUGCGCCUAUGUAUGUCACAGACCAGCCAAGAUUUGCGAAUUGUGCGUGCUUAGUCGAGACAAACAUGGAACCGUGGAUAUUAUUGAAAUUACUUAAAAGAAUUGAAACGACAGUGGGGAGGAUACCUUCUAUCCAGAAUGGACCUCGUGCGGUUGACUUGGAUAUACUACUGUACGAUAACGAGAUCAUUGAUACUCGUGCUGAAAGCCUGAGAGAUACCCUCGAUGGUCUGGCCAAUGAACUUGUUGUACCGCAUCCACGCAUGGCAGAACGAGAGUUUGUUUUGCGUCCUCUAGCUGACAUGAUCCCAGAAUUCGUGCAUCCAGUUCAUAAGAAAUCAAUACGCACACUUCUGGGUGACGUUAUUAGGCAGUCGAACGUCGACUUCCCAAUGCUUAAAGUCACUCCUUUCGCCGAUUAUCCGAUCACCGAAACACGACAGCUCCUGGGCACCCAUCAGGUGCCCUCUAUGGGAAGGUACUGGACCACCCAUUGUUCAAGUGACAUCCAACGACCGACGAAAGUGAGGCUGAUGGCCACCUUGAAUGCCACUCCAGAUUCAUUCUCGGAUGGUUCUGUUAAUAAUACAUUAUCAGCUGCUCUGACUUACUCUGCGGCAUCCGUACGAGCAGGCGCCGAUAUCAUUGAUAUAGGGGGUUAUUCAACUCGUCCGGGAGCAGCAUUUGUCUCACCCGAAGAGGAGUGUCAACGUGUAGUGCCCGUCAUUCAGGCUAUACGGUCACAUGAAGAUCAGGACGUCAGUUCCGCUCUUAUCUCAAUCGAUACAUUCCGUUGGGAAGUCGCGGAUGCUGCUGUCCUGGCUGGCGCAAACUGCAUCAAUGAUGUGUAUUCCUUCACGGGUCCUGAGUACCCCCUUGCGCAAUCCUCAGAAAAGCACCUCUUAAAAAUGCGAGAGGUAGCACGAAAAUUCGCUGUUCCUGUCAUCUUGAUGCAUUCACGAGGUGAUGCAGGCUCAAACAAAGACUACAGCCAGUACAAGGGCGGAGUUCUAGAAGGUGUGCGGGUUGAGUUGGGAGAGAAAGUGGAAGCAAUUAUUAAGGGCAAAGGCGGUGUGCGGAGGUGGUUCGUUAUCGUCGACCCUGGUAUCGGUUUCAGCAAAACUGUUGAAGCAAACUGCGCACUACUUCGCGAGGCUUCUUCAAUGACAGCGAACACUCCCGUGAACGCACUCGCAGGAUACCCGCGACUCAUUGGAUCGUCCCGGAAGUCAUUUCUCGGUGCAAUUUUAGAACGCCCAGAUGCGGAUGGGACAUACAAAGGGAGAAAGACUGAGCCGAAAGAACGAGAAUGGGCAACGGCAGCGACCGUGGCUUGUGCUAUUCAACAGGGCGCAAGCGUUGUGAGAGUCCAUGAUGUACAAGAUAUGAGAGACGUCGUGGCCGUGGCUUCAGCUAUCUGGAGUUAUCCCUAAUUGACACUUACUACUUAACAAUGUACCACUUGCGGUAGACUUGACAUUAUCCCAUGCGUUCAUGACCCAGUU